AUGGUUUCCAAUACCCAGGCCCAGAUGGUAGGCGAGGCGCAGGAGGAAAAGAAGAUAAGCAGCGUGAAUGGCAACUUUGAUAUUGAUCUUGACGCAUCGCAUGUUCUGCACAACUCGCUCGUCUCAAUCCCUCUGACGGUAGCAUCCGCUUCGGGCUCUUAUGUUACUUUUUCGAACGGUCAUCGCGUUCUCGAUGCCUGCACAGGCGCCGCUGUCGCUAUAAUCGGCCACGGGGACCCUGACGUGCAGGCCGCCAUCCAGGAACAGAUGACCAAGGUAUGCUACACGCACACGGUGGCAUUUACGACCCCUGUCGCCGAGGCUCUAGCAAACGACAUUCUCGAGGGAAACCCGCACGGGCUGUGUCGAGCCUUCUUUGUCUCCUCGGGCAGCGAGGCCAUGGACACAGCACUUAAGCUCGCACGACAGUUCUACGUUGAGAUCGGCCAGCCGCAGAGAAGGAGUCUCGUAGCCCGGCAGCGAGCAUACCAUGGCAAUACGGUCGGGGCUUUGAGUGUAUCAAGUCAUGUAGCAAGGAGGGCGCCGUUCAAGGACGCCUUGAUCUUGACAAACGUCAGUUACGUGAGUGCGACAUAUGCCUACCGUGGACAACUCGAGGAAGAAACCGAGGAAGACUAUAGCGCAAGGCUUGUCAAGGAGCUCAAUGAGGAGUUUCAAGCUGUUGGGCCAACAACUGUUAUGGCAUUUGUCGCCGAGCCCGUAGGCGGCGCCACAGCGGGAUGCAUCACGGCCCCGAGAGGAUACUACCAAGGUGUCCGUCAGCUAUGCGACAAGUACGGUAUCUUGCUCAUCCUUGAUGAAGUCAUGUGCGGCAGUGGUCGGACGGGCACGUACUUUGCGUUUGAACAGGAGGGUCCGGGCGUAUACCCAGACCUGAUCACCCUAGGCAAGGGGCUGGGAGGAGGGUAUGCUCCCAUGGGGGCGGUGCUUGCGCACAAAAAGGUCAUUCGCGGGCUGCAGAGCGGUACCUCUUACUUUGUGCAUUCGCAUACCUAUCAGGCUCACGCUUUGAGUUGCGCCGCCGCCCUAGCUGUGCAGAAAGUACUUCGCCGGGAUGGCCUGGUAGCGCGGUGCGCGACUAAGGGACGGUGGCUCGAGAAGGCGCUUAAUUCAACGAUAGGCGAGUGCAAGUACGUGGGCAACAUUCGCGGAAAAGGCUUGUUCUGGGGAAUUGAGUUUGUUAAGGACAGGGCCACUAAGGAGCCGUUUGAACCAGCCCUUCGCUUUACGUGGAGGAUGGUCGAUGAGACUUUCCGGCGUGGACUGUCGAUUUAUCCCGGGGCGGGUACGGCUGACGGAAUCAGAGGAGACCAUGUCCUAAUUGCGCCGCCUUAUAAUGCGUCGGACGAAGAAUUCGAGGAGAUGAUUAGAUUGUUAAGCGAGGCCUACGGUACGGUUGAGAGAGAGGUAGAGCUGGCUCUUGUGGCAGGCAAGUCUAAUGACAGAUAA